CCCUCGUUGUUUGAGUUGGGACAGCUGCACACAGCUCGGUGUGCAGCUGCCACAGGGAGGGGAGGCUCUCAGUUUAAAGGUUAACCUCGGUAAAUCUCUUUGGAAAACACUGGUCUUUAUAUAACAAGUCAAACAGAGAACGCGUGCAGACAGUCACAUGCAGAAGGAGAACUGAAGCUCUUCUCUCGCUGCUGGGAGCUCCACGCUCGAAGGAGCAGUAAAAAUGUCCAUGUGUGAGUUUGAGUCUCUGGAGAAAUCCCUGGAGUCGCACCUUCCAGAAGCGGAACUGGCCCAGGUGAAGAGGAUCUUAUUUGGAAAGGAAACACUGAAGUUGGAGCUUCCAGCCUUCGCCGUUCAAGCUGCUUCUGAGCGUGACUUUGAGCUGAAAGGUUACAAGUUUGAAGCUGCACAGGAGCAACUCAGACCACCCAGAAGAAUCAGAGUGGGACUCGUCCAGCACCGCAUCGUUUUGCCAACUGAUGCUCCAAUCCUGGACCAGAUCGGUGCCAUGCACAGUCGUGUUGGCGAGAUAGUUGAGGUUGCAGCCAUGUGUGGCGUGAACAUCCUCUGCUUCCAGGAGACCUGGACUAUGCCCUUUGCUUUCUGCACCCGAGAGAAAGAACCAUGGACGGAGUUCGCAGAGUCCGCUGAGGAAGGAAACACCACACGUUUCUGCCAGGAGCUUGCCAGAAAAUACAACAUGGUAGUUGUCUCCCCGAUCCUGGAGCGAGAGGAGCUGCACAACACUCUGUGGAACACGGCGGUGGUGAUCUCCAACUCUGGAAAUGUGCUGGGAAAGAGCAGGAAGAACCACAUUCCCAGGGUGGGAGACUUUAACGAGUCCACGUAUUAUAUGGAGGGUGACACAGGCCACACUGUGUUCCACACACAGUUUGGGAAGAUUGCAGUAAAUAUCUGCUUUGGACGUCAUCACCCCCUGAACUGGUUCAUGUACAGCAUGAACGGAGCUGAGAUCAUCUUCAACCCCUCUGCCACUGUUGGUGCUCUCAGGUAA